AUGUCUGUAACAAUAAUCAAUGCUCUUCGGAGGCAAUGCGUCGGUCAGUUUCGGUUAUUGGUACUUCAGCGUCAAUCUGUAUUGUGUACCAGAGGAUUGCGAUACUCGCCGGCGAUUCUAUCGCAGAGUAAACACAUCAAAGAUGAUUUCAGCCUGCUGGAGGCUUCGAACAGCUCGGAGCACUUUGGAACACUUUCGCCGCAGGUGGACGAACCGGAAAUGCUCGAUGAAGGCGAUCUGCGGGAGGAAGAAUUCCUGCUAAACAAACCUACGCGAGACCAAAAACUCUCCGUCCGUCAGUAUGCGGACUUGAUAAAGGAUCACUUGAAAAACAAACGUAUCCGGGAGGCGCUCGAUGUGAUCGAAGUGCGGAUGAAACAGGACCGAGUAAAGCCCGUGAACUACCAUUUCAAUCUACUAAUUGGCGGGUGUGCUCGCGUCGGCUACAGCAAGAAAGCCUUCCAGCUGUACAAUAAGAUGAAGCAGCACGGUCUGAAAGUGACCGGAGGAACGUAUACAUCUCUGUUCAAUGCGUGCGCUAAUUCUCCCUUUCUGGGAGAUGGAAUAACACGUGCAAACCACCUGCGGGAGAUCAUGCUAGAGAAGGGAUACGAACCAAACGAAUCUAACUACAACGCCAUGAUCAAAGCGUACGGUCGAUGUGGAGAACUGAAGACGGCUUUCCAGCUUGUAGACGAAAUGGUCGCCCGCCGAUUGCGUGUCGGAACGGAUACGUUCAACUUUCUGCUACAAGCUUGCAUCAGCGACCGAGAGCUUGGCUUCCGACAUGCGCUGCUUGUAUGGCACAGAAUGCAUCGGAUGAAGGUCCGUCCUGAUCGGUAUUCGUUCAAUUUGCUGCUUCGUUGCGUACGCGAUUGCCAGCUGGGAGACCUGGAAACGAUGGAGCAAGUAAUCGAACAAAUUCUCUCAAAUAGUAUUGAAGGCCACGGUCAGCAGCAGUUAAUCACUGGGAAGGAGGAAGACAUUUCUCCUGCAAUCCAAGAUGAUCAUGGGGAGGAGCAUUUAUCGAAACAAAUUGCACCCGUUGCUAACGAACUGCAAGAGCGACUUACUCACGAAGGUGUCCCGGAUUUGCUGUCUGCCAAACCGCAUCUGGGAAGUUUAGUAAAGUUGGGAGAGGUACGCAAACCCGAAGAUCGUUUAUUGCUUCUUGGUGGCUCAUCGAAUGUGUUCGCUGAGAUGGCAAAAUGUGGAGUGGAACCGGACAUACGCACCGUUACCGAGAUGCUCGACGUGAUUCCUCCGACGUACACAGCGGAAAAGCAUCUGCUGACCACGAUUAAACAACUGAAGCUGCGAUGCGAUAUCGAUUUUUUCAAUAUUCUCAUCAAAAAGCGCUCGAUGCGGUUCGAUUACGAAGGAGCCAAGGAUGUGCUGUACAUGAUCGAGGCAGCAAAUUUAGAACCCGACAUUGUGACUUACGGUGUUUUGGCUCUCGGUUGUCAGACGCAGGAGGAGGCGCGAUCUCUACUGAAAAUGAUGCAAGACGCCAACGUGCACAUGAAUAUACAGAUUUUGGGUGCAAUGUUACGACAAGGCUGCAUCAAGAACAACUUUCGCUAUGUCACGGAGGUUCUCAACAUUGUCAAGAACGAGCGGUUGAAGCCGAACGAGCAGUUCCUGCGACACCUGGAGGACUUCAGCAAAGUGUGUGAAAAACGAGACCGCGAGUACGACGCCAAGCCGCGCAAAAAGGGCCGAGAAGAGUUCAAGAUGGAGUACAACCGGUAUCGAAUGCAGCUGGACGCGUGGCGAGAACACAUGGGACUGCAUGGGCUAGCUUUGGAUCAAGCGUUAGGUAUCGUACGCGAACACCCCUGGGAGCAGUUCAAGCAAAGGCAGGAGGAUGGCUUCGAAGCGGUUAAAAAUCCAAAGCUUCGUCACAAACGAAAGAAGCAACACUUUAUUCGAAAGGUUGACUUGGACGCUAUUGACGACGAUGAAGAAGAUCAAAAUGAUGGCAAUAAUAUGAAGGAAGUUAGAUCGCUUCGAUGAAAACCAAAACAGUAGUAAUA